AUGUCCAGCUCAGAAUCGAAAUACCGCCCACCGACAAAGGAAAUUCUUUCCAAGGAACAGUUGGAGCAGUUCCAGGCAUCAGAAACGCAUGCUGCGAUCAUUGCGUACAUCCAAAGGCUCAACGAGUCUGUGGUUGGCGUCAGGCUGACGGAUCCAUGUGACGAAUCAGAGGCGGUCAAAGCGAUCAUUGGCGUCCUAGACUCGGUGGCACAUCUUGCCACAGAGACGCCACCAGUCGACAAUGCCGGAUCUCGGUUCGGAAACCCUGCCUUUAGAGAUUUCUAUGAUAAAGUCAAAGCGUCGUCAAAGGAGCUGCACUCUAGGAUUGCAGGUAUCCCUGAAGAUUCUGUUCAAGAGAUUUCACUCUACUUCGAAGAAUCGUGGGGGAAUAGAACGAGGAUUGACUAUGGAAGCGGGAUGGAGCUAAACUUUUUGUGCUGGCUGUAUUGUUUGGAGCGCUUAGGGGUCCUACGCCCAGAGGAUGAUCGCGCAGUCGUGGUCCGUAUCUUUUGGAGAUAUAUCGGAGUGAUGCGCGUCCUGCAAUCCACCUAUUGGCUCGAGCCCGCUGGCUCCCAUGGAGUCUGGGGACUCGACGACUACCACUUUUUACCUUUUCUCUUUGGAAGUGCACAAUUACGGGGUCACCGACAUCUCCGACCAAAGUCUAUUCAUGACAAUGAGAUAUUGGAAGAGUUUUCCAAAGACUAUAUGUACCUGGCAUGCAUCCAGUUCAUCAACUCGAUCAAAACUGCGUCUUUACGAUGGCACUCACCGAUGCUUGACGACAUCUCUGCCGUCAAGACAUGGGACAAAGUCAACGCGGGUAUGAUCAAGAUGUAUCUCGCAGAAGUGAUGGGCAAACUUCCCGUCAUUCAACAUUUCCUCUUCGGCACGAUCCUCCCCUUUACUGGAGACCGUACUCAAUCAACCGUGGACAAGAAUGACCCUCAUUAUGGCCAUGCACAUGCGCAUAACGGCGAUUUAGGGGGCGCUGGUCAAGCAACAGUUGGAUGGGGAGAUUGCUGUGGCAUCCCAGUCCCAAGCGCAUUUGGAGCUGCUGCUGCUGCAGGAAAGCCUCUACAGGGACCUGGUAUACGUCCAGUGCCGUUCGAUUAA